UUCGUCCUUUUCCCUUGAUGCGCUGGCCGCUGCAUAAUCUCACUCCCUCCCUCUUUACUUCACUUAUCAGAAAAUCCAACGUAUUUAUACCCCCAUUUUCAUUUCCCCUUUCCCCACAUCUUCUCACCUCUCCUCCUCCUCCCAUGGUUUCCCUCACCCUUCCAACAUGCCUCUUUCCCACAAUCCAACCUCACCAAGGUGGUUUGGAAUAUUCCGGCGAGGAUCGCUGGACGACGGCGCCGCCGAAGACCACCAGAUCCUCUCCGUCGGCGGCGAGUGCUACGCAUGCACGCAGGUCGGGGUUCCGGUCUUCCACUCCACCAGCUGCGACGGCGCCAACCAGCCGGAGUGGGAGGCCUCCGCCGGCUCCUCGCUGCUCCCCAUAAGGGACCGGGCCGGCGCCCAGAAGCACGGCGGCGGACCGGAGCCCCGGUCCGCCCGGCGGCUCUGGAGCGUGCUGGACCCGCGCAGCAAGCGUGUGCAGCGGUGGAACCGCGCGUUCCUGCUGGCGCGUGGGAUGGCCCUCGCGGUGGACCCGCUCUUCUUCUACGCGCUCUCCAUCGGCCGCGGCGGCUCGCCGUGCCUGUAUCUGGACGGCGGCCUGGCGGCGGCGGUCACCGUGCUGCGGACGUGCGUCGACGCCGUGCACCUCUGCCACCUGUUGCUGCAGUUCCGCAUCGCUUACGUGUCGAGGGAAUCGCUCGUCGUCGGCUGCGGGAAGCUCGUGUGGGACGCACGCGCCGUCGCUGCUCAUUACCUCCGCUCGCUAAGGGGCUUCUGGUUUGAUGUUUUUGUGAUCCUCCCGGUUCCGCAGUUGUUGGUGCAGGCGGUGUUCUGGUUUGUAGUGCCGAGAUUGAUCAAAGAGAACAAGAUAUGUUCGAUAAUGACGAUUAUGCUGCUGAUGUUCCUCUUCCAGUUUCUCCCCAAAGUGUAUCACAGCAUCUCCUUAAUGCGAAGAAUGGCCAACGUCACCGGCUACAUCUUCGGCACCAUUUGGUGGGGUUUCGCCCUCAAUCUCAUCGCCUACUUCAUCGCUUCUCACGUCGCCGGCGGCUGCUGGUAUGUUCUUGCCAUCCAACGCGUCGCCUUGUGCAAUGCCGAUAUCUCUCUCUCCUGCUCCUCCGCUGCUGCUUCUCAUCUUCCCAUUAAUUCUACUUGUUUCGAUGUUAAUGGACCUUUUCAAUAUGGAAUCUACAAAUGGGCUCUCCCUGUUGUCUCCAGCAACUCCAUCGCCGUCAAAAUUCUUUAUCCCAUUUUCUGGGGAUUGAUGACCUUGAGCACUUUUGGGAACGACUUGGAGCCGACGAGCCAGUGGCUGGAGGUGAUGUUCAGCAUCAGCGCGGUUCUGAGCGGUUUGAUGCUCUUCACUCUGCUCAUUGGUAAUAUCCAGGUGUUUCUGCACGCGGUGAUGGCCAAGAAGAGGAAGAUGCAGCUGCGGUGCCGCGACAUGGAGUGGUGGAUGAAGCGGCGCCAGCUGCCGUCCCAGCUCAGGCGGAGGGUCCGCCGCUACGAGCGCCACCGCUGGUCCGCCGUCGGGGGCGACAACGAGAUGGACACCAUCAAGGACCUGCCGGAGGGGCUCCGCCGCGACAUUAAGCGCUUCCUCUGUCUUGACCUCAUCAAACGUGUGCCCUUGUUCCACAGCUUGGAUGAUUUGAUCCUCGACAACAUAUGCGACCGUGUUAAGCCCAUUCUCAUCUCCAAAGGCGAGAAGAUCAUACGAGAGGGAGACCCGGUGGCGAGAAUGGUGUUUGUGGUUCGUGGUCGCGUGAAGAGUAGCCAAAACCUGAGCCGGGGAAUGGUGGCGACGAGCCUGAUCGAGGCGGGGGGAUUCUUCGGGGACGAGCUUAUGUCGUGGUGCCUCCGGCGGCCGUUUUUGGAUAGGCUGCCGCCGUCGUCCGCGACGUUGACUUGCGUUGACUCAACGGAGGCGUUCGGUCUCGAUGCGAACAGCCUUAAAUACAUCACGGAUCACUUCCGCUAUAAGUUCGCGAAUGAGAGGCUGACACGUACGGCCAGAUAUUAUUCGUCAAACUGGAGGACUUGGGCCGCGGUCAACAUCCAACUAGGUUGGCGGCGCCACCUGCAGAGGACGCGCCGUGCCUCUGCCGAUGGGGACAGCCACCGUCGUCUCAGGCAGUGCGCGGCGAUCUUCUUGGCGAUCCGGCCUCAUGAUCAUCUUGAAUGAGCUGCAGAUCAAGAGAGAGUUGUGAUUCUUUCAUUUAUGUAAUUCCCCCCCCCCCCCCUCCUAAAAUUUGCAAUGGAAAAUCAAAUAUAUGCAUGACAAGUUCGAGAUAAUACUUUAUCUACCCCCAAAAAUUUCAAUGAAGUGUGUGAAAAAGCCUUUUAUGGCACGACCUUGAUUCUUCUUGUAAAUUCAUUGUUAAAAUACAUUAUUUUUGUUAGGAAA